AUGGAUAGGCACCCAUGGAACCGCGUAUAUUUGAAUCUACGAGAGGAUAUGGGAAAAGGAAGGAGAGGUGUCAGAAUAACCGAUAGUCUGGGAUCUACUUUCAACGAGUUUGAAGGAAACCUAAAUGAGCUAUACCGGGCAAAUGCAGAUAGCGGAAUAACAAAUACCAUCAGGACGAAACUGGUGCCCCAUUUUGAACACCUCCUCUCUUUCGAAAAGGCUAUUGGAAUAGCAGCAGCCAGCACCGAAGUUGGAUCCAUCGUCUGGAUGGCUGCAUAG